AUGUCGGCCGGAAGAGAGCUGUCCGGCGGCUCCUUUACAGCCACACAUCACUCCACGACCUACGACUACAUUUCCCCGUUAAAGCUGGACCUAGCCGGCAAACAUGUUCUGAUCACAGGCGCAGCUUGGGAGAACGGGAUCGGAUAUGCCACAGCCACAGCCUUUGCGCGUGCAGGAGUGUCCGGGGUAGCAAUAGCUGAUCUACACGGCAUGGCAGACGAUCUUGCCGUGAAAUUGAAGUUGGCCGCAACGCAAGCCGGACGCCCAGAGCCCAUGGUGCUGAGCUGCACGGUUGACAUUGCAAGUCAAGAGGGCGUUCAAGCAAUGUAUGACACCGUGUCACAGGGCUUUGGUGGGCGUCUGGAUAUCGUCGUGAACAAUGCAGCCCACAUGGAGCCAUACAAGCCACUCCUCGAUUCAGACCCGGAUGUGUACUGGCGAACAUGGGAAGUCAACGUCCGCGGACUCUUCAAUAUGGCGCGCACAUUCCUCCCCAUGCAGCUCUCAACCCGUGUUAUCAACGACGGUCUAUGCACAAUGAUCAAUGUUUCCUCUUCAGGCGCAUUGAGCGCUCGUCCUGGGAGCGGGGGUUACCGAAGUUCAAAGCUUGCGAUAUUGAGGUGGACCGAGACACUGCAGUUGGAAUAUGGUGACGAAGGACUUUUGACGUUCUGCGUGAAUCCGGGUGCGAUCAAGACGAAGAUUACUGAGGGGGCGCCCGAGAAGGUGCGGGAUGCAUUGCCUGACCGUCCAGAUAUAGCUGGUGAUACGAUCGCAUGGUUGGCUGCUGAGCGCAGGGAGUGGCUAGGUGGGACGUACGUGAGCUGUCCAUGGGAUAUGGAGGAGCUCAUGAAGAAGAAAGAGGAUAUCAUUCAGAAGGAUAUGCUCAAGAUGAGGAUGGUGUUUUGA